GAGAACAGCCACGCCGGCGUUGCCGGAGAAGGAGAAGGAGAAGGUCGUCGGCGGCGAGGUGGUGGUGCCGUUCAACAAAGGCGGUGAAGGCGGCGGCGAGUUCGAGCCGACCUCAGUCUGCUUGGCGAAUAUGGUGCAGAACUUCAUCGAGGAGAGCAACGAGAAGCAGUCGGCGAGGUGCAGUCGGAACCGCUGUAACUGCUUCAACGGCAGCACAGACGACAGCUCCGAUGACGAGUCGGAGCUUUUCGGUUAUGGCGAGUCCAAUCUGGCUUCAUCUGAAGCAUGUGAGCUUCUCAAGAGUCUGGUGGCGUGCCCAAGUCUCUGCGAAAGGAACUUGCUAGCGGACACAGCUAGAAUCGUCGAGAAAAACAAGACCGGCAAGCGUAAAGACGACAAUGGCACACUGGUCGUUACUGAUCAUCUCAUAGCUCUCGGAUACGACGCGUCACUCUGCAAGUCUCGUUGGGAAAAAACCCCUUCCUAUCCUUCCGGGGAGUAUGAGUACAUUGACGUGAUCGUGAAUGGGGAGAGGCUGCUGAUCGACGUUGAUUUCAGAUCAGAGUUUGAGAUUGCUCGCCCGACGAAGAGCUACAAGGCGAUUCUCCAGACUCUUCCUUACAUUUUCGUUGGGAAGCCUGAUCGGCUGAGGAUGAUCAUCGGAAUUGUAUCGGAGGCGGGGAAGCAGAGCCUGAAGAAGAAGGGAAUGCCGGUUCCGCCGUGGAGGAAAGCAGACUACAUCAAAGCCAAGUGGCUCUCUCCUCACACCCGCGCCGCAGUCUCCGUCAAUUCCUCACCACCCGAAAAGACCAAGUCUCAGUCUUUGGUGAAGUCCAGAGAGUUUGAACAGAGUGGUGCAAAGUCGGUGGAGUCUUCUGAGCUGGAGGAGUCGGUGUUUGAGUUAUCCGAUGGCGAGGAGGAGAAGGUGGCUGUGAAGGAGUGGAAGCCGCCGGAGGUGAAGCCCAGGACAGCAUCAGGGGUGAAGAUUGUGACUGGUUUGGCUUCAGUCAUGGAAGAUGAGAAUGAGCCAUAAAAUUUUGGUCUUUUUUUUUUUUGACUAAUCGAGAUCUGAAAUAUCGUAUAUGCCUGUAUAUGCCUAUAUGGUAGCUUAUAACCGUAUAUGAUCCCUUCUAUGUUUUUGUUGUAAGGGUCGGAAUUUACAAGUAGCAAUAAAAUUCUCCGAGAAGAAACUAGUUAUGAAA